AACCCGUUUCCCUAUCGAGGAAGGAAUCAAAGACUGCCGUGCCGACGCCUUAGCCGCUCGCACACAGUCUCUCGACUGCCCUCACCACUCGCCCCCUUCCUUCCGUGGCCGCUUCUGAACGCCGUUCAAUCCCUCUUUUCUCCUCUCGAAUCGGAGAUCUCCCAGAAAAGCCCUUUCCUCCGAUCAACGAACCUACUGCUUCUGUCUCCUAUUCGCCUCAUCACUUUCGUCGAUUGAUGGACUGCUGAGAGCCAUGGAAGCAUCAGGUAAAUAGUGUGCUUGCUUGUACUAUUGCUCUAAAUGGGUAGUGUGCUUGGAAAAAGCCAGUCGCAAAGGUCUAGUGGUUCAGAGUCAAAACUUGAUGCAAAGAUGGUUGAGGCAAUGCAGAGAAGGGCAUUGCAAGGAACAUCUGUGAAGUCAUUUGAGAGCAUCAUUUUGAAAUUUCGAAAAAUUGAUGAGAGCUUCAGAAAAUGCAAGUCCAUUUUCGAGCAAUUUGAUGAAGAUUCCAAUGGCGCAAUUGAUCAAGAAGAGCUGAAGCAUUGUUUUCAGAAGCUAGAAAUUUCCUUUAAUGAGGAGGAGAUUCAUGAUUUGUUUUCGGCAUGUGACAUCGAUGAGAACAUGGGUAUGAAAUUUAAUGAGUUUAUCGUCCUUAUGUGCCUUGUUUAUCUUCUCGAGGAGCCAACAUCUGCACAAGCAAAAUCCCGGAUGGGGUUGGCAGACCUUGAGACAAGUUUCAAAACAUUAGUCGAUUCUUUUGUGUUCUUGGACAAGAAUAAGGAUGGAUACGUUAGCAAGACAGAGAUGGUACAUGCUAUAAAUGAAACAACUGCAGGGGAACGCUCUUCAGGACGAAUCGCCAUGACAAGAUUUGAAGAAAUGGACUGGGACAAGAAUGGGAUGGUGACUUUCAAGGAAUUCCUCUUUGCUUUCACUCGUUGGGUGGGAAUUGAUGAAGUUGACGAAGAUGACACUUGAUAUAUACAGAUAUAUAUUCUUGCAUUUCUGAGAUGCUCAGUUACCUGCAAAUGAGUCUCCUAUCACAGUGAAGGAUGUGGCUUUGUCUAUACCAGCAAACUGUUCAUAGAUGGAAGUCAUCUAUGUCGAUAUUAUUAUCAUUAUCAUGAAGUUGUGUUUGUCCCAACUAUUCAGGAUUAACUUAAGUGUGUAUUCAUAUACUCGCAAAACAAAACUUCACUACAUCAAGUGCUAAUUUGUCAA